AUCGAUUCGUUUGCAAAUUUAAUUUCUUCGGGGCAUUACCAGUGAAGUUGCGAAAAUGGCGUCUACGGCUUUUCGAUCCAGUUCAUCGUCGUCUUUGCAUCUCUGUUCUUCCUUUAACGGCCAGUACUUAGCGCCGUCGAGGUGCUUUAUCGGAGCUCCGUUCACUUCCUAUUCUUCUUUAUCGCUCUCCGGUAAGAAGCAAUUAUGUCCUCCGAGAAAAUUCCACGUUUCUGCCAAGAAAGUUUCUGGGUUAGAGGAGGCCAUUAGAAUCAGAAGGUUGAGAGAACUUGAAGCUACUUCAAAAGUGAGGAGAAAUCCACCAUUAAGAAGAGGAAGAGUAUCGCCUCGUCUUCUUGUGCCUGAUCACAUACCAAGGCCUCCAUAUGUUGAGUCUGGCGUGUUACCAGAUAUUUCGAGUGAAUUUCAGAUCCCUGGCCCUGAAGGCAUUGUCAAAAUGAAAGCUGCUUGCGAGCUCGCUGCUCGUGUUUUAAACUUUGCAGGAACUUUGGUUAAACCAUCUGUUACGACCAAUGAAAUCGACAAGGCGGUGCACGAUAUGAUUGUUGAAGCUGGUGCUUAUCCUUCACCUCUUGGAUAUGGUGGAUUUCCUAAAAGUGUAUGUACAUCAGUUAACGAGUGUAUGUGUCACGGAAUACCAGAUUCUCGCCAGCUACAGAGUGGGGAUAUAAUAAACAUCGAUGUCACGGUUUACUUGGAUGGUUACCAUGGAGAUACAUCAAAAACUUUCUUCUGUGGAGAAGUCGACGAAGGUUUUAAACGACUUGUGAAGGUUACGGAAGAAUGCUUGGAGAAAGGCAUAGCCGUAUGUAAAGAUGGAGCAAGCUUCAAGAAAAUCGGGAAGAGAAUAAGUGAGCAUGCGGAGAAAUAUGGCUACAACGUUGUGGAGCGUUUUGUUGGGCAUGGUGUCGGACCAGUAUUCCAUUCCGAACCCCUUAUAUAUCAUUACCGAAAUGAUGAGCCUGGGCAUAUGGUUGAGGGACAAACCUUCACAAUCGAACCGAUUCUGACGAUUGGAACCACGGAAUGUGUAACAUGGCCAGACAACUGGACUACUCUAACAGCUGAUGGUGGUGUAGCAGCACAGUUUGAGCAUACUAUUCUAAUUACUAGAACUGGUUCAGAGAUUCUUACCAAAUGCUGAAACUAUUUACAGUAGUUUUGAUCAUUUCUGUUUCCCUAUUUGUCAAAUGCUGAUUCUUCACUCUUCAUUUCAGCUUUAUAUAUGAUUCUUUUUGCUCAA